AUGGACAGUACUUUGAUCAUCACAUUCACAGCCUUCAUAAUAGUGGCUACCAUCACUGUUAGCAUUUUAUAUAAGAACAAAACCAAAGGCUCAACAAAUCUCCCUCCGGGCAGCUACCGAUGGCCGAUACUUGGAGACUCGUUAGAAUUCGUAAGCUGCUUGAAACAAGGGUCCCCCGGAAAAUUCGUCAGAGACAGAAUGAAAAGGUACGAGAGCCCGGUGGUGAAGACCUCAAUCUUGGGGGAGCAUAUGGUCGUGCUGUGUGGGCCUGAUGGGAACAAGUUUCUGUUCGGAAAUGAGAAUAAGUUGGUGGCCAUCUGGUGGCCGGCUUCCGUGAGGAAGCUUCUCGGGACGUGUUUGACGACCACCGUAGGUGCCCAAGGCAUGCGCAUGAGGAAGACCGUCUCACACUUUGUCAGUCCAGUCGUCUUCUCCAAACUCUAUGUCGAAACUAUCGACCUUGUAUCGUGUCAACAUUUCGACACUUACUGGCAAGGAAAAGAAGAAGUGAAGGUGCAUCCAGCAGUGAAGAAAUAUGCGUUCGAGGUAGCUUGUCGAGCAUUCAUGAGCAUUGAUGAUGCGGCACAAAUCAAGAAACUUGGGGACCUUUUUCAUGUUUUGCUCGACGGACUUAUUUGUAUCCCUCUUAAUUUACCAGGAACAGGAUUCUACUAUGCGGUGAGGGCAGCAGCAGCUAUCAAGAAGGAACUUGGAAUAAUAGUGCAACAGAGGAGACGAGCAUUGGAGCAGAAAACGGCUUCGCCUUCACAGGACCUUUUGUCUCAUUUGCUCGUCACAGCGGAUGAGAACGGGGAGUUUAUGUCCGAGUCGCUUAUAGUAAAUAAUAUACUAUUGCUACUCUUUGCGGGGCAAGACACUAUUGCAUCUACAAUAACUAUGCUCGUAAAAGCUCUGGCCCAACAUCCCGAGGUCUACGAGAAAGUGUUGAGAGGUACUUUUUGUCAUCCCCUGCUGCAUUUUACCUCUACACUCUCAGAGCAAAAUGAAAUCGCGUCAUCAAAAAAACCUGGAGAAUUUCUGCAGUGGGAGGAUACACAAAAGAUGAAGUACUCGUGGAACGUGGUGUGUGAAACUCUAAGGUUGUGGCCGCCUGUUUCAUCCGGCUUUCGGGAAGCUCUGGUGGACAUUAACUAUGGAGGCUAUAUUAUACCCAAAGGAUGGAAGUUAUUUUGGAAUGCACCGGUGGUGCAUGCAGAUCCUAACUUAUUUCCAGACGAGAAAACGUUUGAUCCCUCAAGAUUCGAAGGUUGUAAUAAUGUUCCUUAUUCGUUUAUUCCGUUUGGAGGAGGACCUCGAAUGUGCUUGGGCAAAGAGUUUGCCCGGUUGGAGAUUCUCAGCUUUCUACACAAUCUGAUUCGAAGGUUUAGAUGGGAGUUAGCAAUACCAGAAGAGGGAAUCCAUAGUUACCCAGUUCCCACACCAAACAAAGGCCUUCCAAUUCGUAUUCAUCCACACAAAGCUUAA